CCUGAUGUUGAAGAGCUUUUCCUAACGGGGCCCAAACCAGACGGACCUGUCUCCAGUUGUCCCAGUGCACUCUAUCUCUUCUCGCCGAGAACUCACGUGAAUUCAGACACAGUCAUGAGCGAAUAUGACGUGGCUGCCAUGUUCUCCAAACACUCGGCGCGAAUUAUCCAACAGCAUCGCAGCAGCAGCAGCAUCGGGAACGAGUCUCCAAGACUGACUGAUCUUGAAGAGACAGAUGACACUCACAGUGUCCAGAGUGCUCCUACGAGUUCUUCUCGCCCAAUGGUCAGUCGUAACGGUCUGUCACGACCAGUGACUGCCUCACUGAGUCUUGAGGAGGUACAACAGCAACUCGAAGAGCUUGAGAACGCUCCAGCUCCAACUAAAGAGGAGAUCGAGGAGAUGUUGGCCCAGUACUCAAGCGGAUCGAGCAGUGGCUCUGAAGACGAGAGCUCUGAUUCAUCGACUGAUAGUGAAUCAGAAACGAUCAUCAUGAAAGUCCUCAUUGUAGGCAACGCCCGCUGCGGAAAGACCAGCACCAUACGAAGAUUCACUCAAGAUGAGUUUAAUGAGGAGUACGUAAGUACCAUCGGAGCGGAUUUUGUGGAGAAGAUCAUCGAAUAUGACGACCAAUUGACCAUCAGCUUGCAGCUGUGGGAUAUUGCAGGACAAGAUCGCUUCGCUAAGUUUACACGCGGAUACUUUCGCGAGGCCAGAGGAGCCGUGAUCGUGUGCGAUAUUACGCGAGCGAACACGAUCGACGCGGUCGUGAACUGGAAGAACGAGAUCGACACGUGCUGCAAAGACUUGAACGAAGGCGCAGAGAUCCCAGUCGUCAUGGUCGCCAACAAGAGCGACUUGUUGAUGGAUCCCAUGGGUGCAUUAGAUCUCGGCGUUAACAUGCAGAAAUGCGUCGACAAGAACAACAUCGUGGAGUGGUUCAGAGCUUCGGCUAAGAGCGGCGAGCGUAUUGGCGAUGCCUUCCAGUGUCUGAUUGAUCGUAUGGUUAAAGACCAUCGCAAUGGCAAGGAGAAAGACAAGAACAACGAAGUUAACAAACCCAAAGAUGAGAUGGCUACACCCGAGAUCAUCCGUCUGUCCCAACCCCCGCAAUACAGAGCUGUCAAGCAACAAGGCUUCGCUUGUGACUGCAAUUAGAGGAGUGAUGUCGCUGUCACAUGAUAACCUCUCAUUUCUUAUUUUUAGCAUUAUCGCCAAUAAUGCAGUUCAGAUUGACAGUAUCCCUCGCACAUUUGACACCCUGUCUAUGGGCGCGGACGUUUGCGGCGCACUUCAGCAGCCAGCGUGGCUGUGCUGUGUAGGAUCUCCUUGCCUUCGGAUGGGCGUUCAAUGAAGUACGGGUCCAGGUCUACUGCAAAGCGGCGAAUCUUCUGCGAGGCCUCGUCGAUCUUCUCGUCCGUCGUGAGUGCAAAAAUCUCGACAAGUAGAGCUUCAACACGGAGAUUUUCCAGAUCUACAAGACGAUAUUCAUCCUUUUCAUCUUCGUUUUUCAACUAUAGCAACAGAUAUUAGCAAAGAUACAGCCGUAUGGUCGGAUACAAGGACAACUUACCGCCUUCAUGCGUGUAGCUUCAACGGUAAUACCGUUCGGA